AUGGUAGGCCUUGGUAAGACCAUCUCGGUGAUUGCCCUCAUACAGAUGCAGAGGUCUUUAGAGUUGAAAUCUAAGUCUGAAGACCAGUGCAAUCACAAUACUGAAGCCAUGACUUUGGAUGAUGAUGAUGAUAAUACCAAUGCUGUUCCAGAUAAAGCUAUGCAGACUGGUGAAUCUGAGGACAUUCAAAUGAUUCCAGAAGCGAGUACCUCUAUAAGGGAAUUCCGUAGGAGGAGGCCUGCAGCAGGUACAUUGGUUGUCUGUCCCGCAAGUGUUCUUCGCCAAUGGGCCAGGGAGCUCGAAGAGAAAGUUGCAGAUGAAGCUAAACUUUCUGUCCUAGUGUAUCAUGGAGGCAACAGAACUAAGGAUCCUGUUAAACUUGCUAAGUAUGAUGUGGUUUUGACAACAUAUUCCAUUGUGACAAAUGAAGUUCCAAAACAACCUUUGGUUGAUGAGGAUGAUGAUGAACAAAAGAAUGGGGAUAAGUAUGGACUAUCAUCUGAAUUCUCUAUUGAAAAGAAACGGAAAAAGGUGCCUACUGUUAGAAAGAAGGGAAAGAAGGGUAGAAAAGGAAUCAAUAGUUUUGAUUUUGAUUGUGAUUGUGGUACAAUUGCAAGAGUGGGUUGGUGUAGGGUGGUUCUAGAUGAAGCUCAAACAAUAAAAAAUCACAGAACACAAGUGGCUAGAGCCUGCUGUGGUCUUAGAGCGAAAAGAAGGUGGUGUUUGUCUGGAACACCAAUACAAAAUGCAAUCGAUGAACUGUUCAGCUACUUCAGAUUUCUGAGAUAUGAUCCAUAUGCCACCUAUAAGUCAUUUUGCAAUACAAUAAAGGCACCAAUUUCCAGAAAUUCAGUUCAUGGUUACAAGAAGCUUCAAGCUGUUCUGAGGGCUGUAAUGCUGCGUCGAACAAAAGGUGACUUCUGUGAAAUUUUUAUAAUCUUUUAA